AUGAAGGAGGCUUUCACUCUCUUCGACACCGACGGCGACGGAAAGAUCGAUCCAUCGGAGCUAGGGAUCCUAAUGAGGUCUUUCGGAGGAAAUCCAACCCAAGCCCAACUCAAAGCUAUAGUCGCCGAAGAGAAGCUAACUUCGCCGUUUGACUUCCUUCGGUUUUUGGAUCUCAUGGCCAAGCACAUGAAACCUGAGCCGUUCGAUAGGCAGCUACGCGAUGCGUUCAAGGUGCUGGAUAAGGAUUCGACUGGGUUUGUCUCCGUGGCGAAUUUGAGGCAUAUAUUGACUAGCAUUAGGGAGAAGCUGGAGCCGUCUGAGUUCGGUGAGUGGAUCAGGGAAGUGGAUGUCGGGUCAGAUGGGAAGAUCCGUUACGAGGAAUUUAUUGCCAGGAUGGUUGCUAAUUAUCAAGAUGGAUCCAAGUUAGGACCCAAUUGUUUUGUUUCUAUAAUUUUUGGAAACCCGCAGGGACAGGACUCAGCUGAGAGUGGCUGGAUCUGGAAUUCUGGGGGAGAUUUGAAGUUUGAAUUGAGAUCCUAG